CUAGCUUGCUAAGUGGCUAGCUGUCGUGCUAAGCGGUAAGCGAUCCCCGGCUGCUGCCGCUGGCGAGCCGAGUGUCGCUUGUUCGGGAUUAAGGAGUUGCCCCCGGCCAGUGGGCAGCGGGAUGAAAGACAUGGCUGGGAUGUGAACGGAAGAGACGACCACGCUCAGAUAUCCAGUACAACAAACCCAGUCCUCCUCCUCGUGGCUGUUUUCUCUCUACUCUGGGUUGCCUCGUCUAUUGUGGCCCUGCAACAUGGAGUCUAACCACUGUUUCACCGAAGGCUGACCAGAAGGAAUGAGGCACUCCAGGAGAUGUUCCCAAGUAGCCUUGUGGAUGCAGUAGCCGGGAUUCGGAGUGCUUUUUUAUGACUAGUAUUGUAUGCGUGUCUGUGGGCACAGCCUAGCUAGCAUAACCUGCCUAUUCCUCGGGCAGGGAAAUGCUACUCUGAGACUGGUGCUGGAGAAACACGCAAGAAAGGACCCCGUCUGACAAACGAGGAACACAAAGAGAAAAAGGGAAGCCCUCUGACAAAAAGUUUGUCUUUUUGACAAACUUCAGCUGUAGUCUGAGCUCAUUUUCUCAAUGGUCUUGUGAACCAUUGCACAUUUUAGCAGCGACACCUUUCCUCUGUCUUGUGAGAUUUGUCUUCCUCCCUCUCUCUAAAGCAUCCUCUUGUCAUUGUUAUUGGCAUUUCUAUGGUUUGCAUGGCUGGAGAAUAACCGUGGAGAGGCCAGGGUAUCACAAGCUUAUGGAUUUUGACAAGAGAGGGGGCAAGGGAGAGACAGAGGAAGGGAAAAAAAUGUCUAAGACAGCAGGCAGCAGGACUGGACAUGGGGGCCGGAGUUCGGGGACCAAUUCUGGAGUUCUUAUGGUCGGCCCAAACUUCCGUGUGGGCAAAAAAAUUGGCUGCGGGAACUUUGGAGAGCUGCGGCUGGGAAAAAAUCUCUAUACUAAUGAAUAUGUCGCCAUCAAAUUGGAACCUAUAAAGUCCAGGGCGCCACAGCUCCAUUUGGAGUAUAGAUUUUACAAACAGUUGGGAAAUUCAGAGGGAAUCCCUCAGGUGUAUUACUUUGGUCCUUGCGGGAAAUACAACGCCAUGGUGCUGGAACUGCUCGGACCCAGUCUAGAGGACCUGUUUGACCUCUGCGACCGCACCUUCUCCCUCAAGACCGUCCUCAUGAUAGCCAUACAGCUGAUAACACGGAUGGAAUAUGUCCACACCAAGAGUCUGAUAUACAGAGAUGUGAAGCCAGAGAACUUCCUGGUUGGGCGGCCGGGAAGUAAGAGGCAGCACACCAUCCACAUCAUUGACUUUGGUCUGGCCAAAGAGUACAUAGACCCCGAGACCAAAAAACACAUCCCCUACAGGGAGCACAAGAGUCUGACUGGGACGGCGCGCUACAUGAGCAUCAACACGCACCUGGGAAAAGAGCAAAGCAGAAGGGAUGAUUUGGAGGCGCUGGGCCACAUGUUCAUGUACUUCCUCCGAGGCAGCCUCCCGUGGCAGGGCUUAAAGGCUGACACUUUGAAGGAGAGGUAUCAGAAAAUUGGAGACACCAAGCGAGCGACACCAAUUGAAGUGCUUUGUGAAAGCUUCCCUGAAGAGAUGGCCACCUACCUGCGCUAUGUGAGGAGACUGGACUUCUUUGAGAAGCCUGAUUACGACUACUUGAGGAAGCUCUUCACCGAUCUGUUCGAUAGGAAUGGCUACGUCUUUGACUAUGAGUACGACUGGGUCGGCAAAUCACUUCCCACACCGAUAGGCCCCAUCCCCAGUGACACGCCCCUGCAGCCCAGCAGUAGAGACAAAGCACAACAGCAGACCAAAAACCAGUCUCCCGAGCCCAAAGGAAGUGAGUCUCAGCCCACUCCCGUGACCAAUAAGGAGACUCUGGGGUCACACCUCACAGCUGAGAGGCUGGGGGGCUCUGUUCAGGUGAUGAGCUCAACGAAUGGCGAGCUGAACACCGAUGACCCCGGCGCUGGACACUCCAACGCUCCCAUCACCGCUCCCACUGAGGUUGAAGUGGCUGACGAAACCAAGUGCUGUUGUUUCUUCAAAAGGAGAAAGAGGAAAGCCCUCCAGAGGCACAAGUGAAUGAAGAGAAUGGAGAGAACUUGAAACAUUGUGGUCACUGUCGAGUUUUAAAUGGAAGCAACUACACAGAUCCCUCCCUCCUUCCCUCCCUGCCUCUAUCUCUUUCCAGCCCCUCCCCUCCUCUUUGACCUAUCUCACCUUACUUUCCCUGUCACUUUGUAUCCCCCACCACCCCCACUCUCUCUCCCUCUCUCUCUCUUCCUCAGUGCUCCCCGGCUACUGGCGAGUUAAAGGAAUGUUGCAGUCCUACUGACUCCACAACAGACUCUGAUUCCUUUUUAUCAACGAAAAAAUAAACAUACCUGCAUUGCAACAACGAGCGGCGGCUUGAGAGGAAAAAGUAAAAAAAAAAAAAAAAUUUAAAAAAAGCUGUAACAAUGAAACUCGAAUACCGUGGCGUGAAUAUGAAAAAAGAUACUGUUUGAAACAGUUCGUUGUAUUCUAGAUUCCAUAAAGAACAUGUAUUGUUCCAACAGUCAGCUGUUAAUCAGGGGAUCCAGUUAAGUGGUUCAAGUGAAAGAAAUCUGCUCCUUAGGAAUUUUUAUUUGUUUUUGUUUUCUUUUGUUCUGUUCUGUUUUUGUUUUUUUUCUUUUUUCUUCCUUUGGUGUGUGUUUUGGGAUCAAGGUAAAGAGGAAAAGGUGAACUAUGCUGAUGUUAAUCUGAGAGGAACAGGAAGCAUUUCAUCUACUGUACAAAAAAAAUUUGGAGGAUUUUUAUGUAUUUUUUUUUUCUUUUCUUAUUUUGUAACUGAAUCCUCAGUUUUUGAAGUCAAAAUUCCUGCAUUGAAAACUUACUUUUAUGUUGUAGUGUUUCUGGAGUUCAGUUCUUUUCCUCACUCUGGCUUUAUUUUUGUCUGUCAACAUGGACUUUGUAGCACAGUCACUGGCCUCAGGUACUGUGGAAGGUUGAGAGAAACAGAUAUUAAGCUCUCUUAUUAUUAUUAUUAUUAUUGCACUUUUGGAAAAAGAAAAGAAAAUUACAGUGGAAAACUUUAGGUUUGAAAUUAACAAUUAAGAAAUACAACUUAAUAAAGACUGAUCUAGGAGGAGUCCUUCACAACGCUUAUAUCUGAGUUAUGGCCGAAAAAAAUGUUGAUUUACAUGCGAAGAGAAAGAUGUCUUUCGAUUUUUAUUUCUUACAUCAAAAAUAAUUUACCAGGAAAUCAUAGUUUGUGCCUUUCUAAGUAAAAUGUUUAAAGCUCAA